CUGUUCCUUGACUAGGGGCCUUCUAACUCAAAUUCCCAUCUAUAAAUACCAGCCUUCUUCCUCUUUCCCAUCUUCAGUUCCUAUCUCAGUCUUUUUGUUGAUCUUAGUAUUAUUAUAACAAUGGUGAAAACUGAGCAGAAGAUUCAACAGGAUCCAGUAUCAAAGGCAGUGCCGUCAACAUCAUCUUCAUCGAGCAAGAAGAAGAAGUACAAGGGAGUGAGAAUGAGGAGUUGGGGCUCAUGGGUGUCAGAAAUUAGGGCGCCAAAUCAGAAAACAAGAAUAUGGUUGGGCUCUUAUUCUACACCUGAAGCCGCAGCUAGGGCGUAUGAUGCUGCACUGUUAUGCCUCAAAGGCUCUUCCGCAAAUCUUAACUUUCCCAUCACUUCUUCUCAUUACAUUCCUGACACCGUUUUGUCUCCUAAGUCCAUUCAAAGAGUAGCCGCAGCCGCUGCAAAUAGUGAAAAUGCCGCCACCACCACCACCACUAACCCACCAAAAUCACCUACUCUUCCUUCUUCUUCUUCUUCCUCUUCUUCAUCGUCUUUAAUCUCAUCUCCGUCAAUGUCCUCCUCGGCGUCUGAUCAACUAAUGGAUGAUGAUGUCUUUUUAUUGCAACCUAUUGAGCAGACCUACAAUGAAGCCUCCAUUUCCAUGAUGGACCCGCUUCCAUGGUAUAACUUUGAUGGGAUUCAAUCACCCAAGUACGUUGAUCAAAUGUUCAGCAGCGUCUCAUUAUUUGAUCUUCCUCCAACGAUCGAUGACUUUUUGGAUGAAGGAGAUAUUCGUUUGUGGAGCUUCUGCUAGCUGAUCAAUUUUUAAUCCAUUGAAACUCAUUCAUGAUCUUCAGUUGUUAAUUGCUUGAAGAAGACAUAACUGACAAUGACCUAAAUUCAUAUUCAUAUAUUAUUAAAAAAAAAAAAGUGUAUUUUUGAGUUAGUAAAAAGAAACCCACUUGGAGAUGAGACAUUUUUUUGGACUCUUUCAUGUGGGUUUCUGCGUAUUAUAUAUAUAUUGCAUUUACCAAUUAUUCAAAGUGUUCAAUAUGUCAAUGUUAUCCAUGAUGGUCUUUUCUCUUUUGUAACGCAAUAAAAUGUAGAAUUAUUUCAA